AUGCGGAGUGUGUGUAAAGAACGGUAUCUAAACUCGCACAGGAUAGUACAUACCGAAGUGAGAUCUCACAAAUGCGGAGUGUGUGGUAAAGCAUUUAAGAGAAAAUUUGAUUUGUGUCGACAUAAAAAAAUUCAUACAGGUGACAAACCAUAUCAAUGCGAAUUUUGUGAUAAAUCAUUUAAAGUAGAAUGUAAUCUAACCUCGCACAGGAUGGUACAUCUCGAAGUGAGAUCUCACAUAUGCGGAGUGUGUCAUAAAGCAUUUAAGAAAAAAUCAGAUUUGCGUCGGCAUAAAAAAAUUCAUACAGGUGAAAAACCAUAUCAAUGCGAGAUUUGUGGUAAAUCAUUUAGUGAAGAAUCGAAUCUAAUCUCGCACAGGAUGGUACAUAUCGAAGUGAAAUCUCACAAAUGCGGAGUGUGUGGCAAAGCAUUUAAGAGAAAAAGUGAUCUGCAUAAGCAUGAAAAAAUUCAUACAGGUGGAAAACCAUAUCAAUGCGAAAUUUGUGAUAAAUCGUUUAAGAUGGUACAUAUCGAAGUGACAUCUCACAUAUGCGGAGUGUGUGGUAAAGCAUUUAAGAGGAAAAAAAAUUUGCAUCAGCAUGAAAAAAUUCAUACUGGCGAAAAACCAUAUCAAUGCGAGGUUUGUGAUAAAUCAUUUAGUCAAAAAUCGUAUCUAGCCAGGCACAAGAGGAGACAUAACAAUGAAAAACUUUACAAGUGUGCCCAAUGUGAGAACUGUUAUGCAACAAAACAUAGUUUGCGUCGUCAUAUAAACGUGAAGCACAACGGUGAAAGAACCGCGUCUAAGGCAAGUCCCACACAACUUAUUGAUGAGUCUAGUAGUGUGGGACCAGAACGAAACGCUGCGGCCGACUACAAAGCUUUGAGUCAGGCCUCCUUAGUGGACAUUCCACAAUGCUAUGUUACGUCCUGA